AUGGCGGUGAAUAGGAUCAGAGGGGCCUUCGCGCCACCCAAGAAAGGCGAAACAUAUGAGCUGAGAGCGGGUUUAGUAUCUCAAUAUGCCUACGAGCGCAAGGAAGCAAUUCAGAAGACCAUCAUGUCCAUGACCUUGGGCAAGGAUGUGUCUGCGUUGUUUCCAGAUGUUCUAAAGAACAUUGCUACAUCGGAUUUAGACCAGAAGAAGCUAGUAUAUCUAUACUUAAUGAAUUAUGCCAAAUCGCAUCCAGACCUUUGUAUUCUAGCGGUCAAUACUUUCGUUCAAGAUUCUGAAGAUCCAAAUCCACUGGUUCGAGCCCUUGCGAUACGAACGAUGGGUUGUAUUCGAGUAGAUAAGAUGGUGGAUUAUAUGGAGGAGCCAUUACGGAAAACGUUAAGGGAUGAAUCGCCAUAUGUGCGAAAGACUGCAGCAAUCUGCGUUGCGAAAUUAUUCGAUCUUAAUCCUACAAUGUGUCUCGAAAACGGGUUCCUGGAAACUCUGCAAGAAAUGGUUGGAGAUCCCAAUCCUAUGGUGGUGGCUAAUUCGGUGACCGCGCUCGUGGAAAUCAACGAGACUGCUCCGGAGACAAAGGCUUUACGGAUCACACCUACGACAUUGAAGAAGAUGCUUAUGGCUUUAAAUGAGUGUACUGAAUGGGGAAGAGUGACAAUUUUGACGACUCUGGCAGAUUACAAGGCUACGGAUGUUAAGGAGUCGGAACACAUUUGUGAAAGAGUAUCUCCUCAAUUCCAACACGUUAACCCAAGUGUUGUUUUGGCUGCUGUGAAGGUUGUUUUCCUUCAUAUGAGGAAUGUCAAUGCGGAAUUGGGAAAGCAAUAUUUGAAAAAGAUGGCUCCACCACUUGUAACUCUUGUUGCUUCCGCCCCAGAAGUUCAAUAUGUUGCUUUGAGGAAUAUCGAUCUCCUCUUGCAAGCGAAGCCUGACAUUCUUAGCAAAGAACUGAGAGUGUUUUUCUGCAAAUAUAAUGACCCCCCAUAUGUUAAACUUCAAAAAUUGGAGAUCAUGGUACGGAUAGCAAAUGAUAAAAAUGUUGAUCAGUUGUUGUCUGAGCUUAAGGAAUAUGCUCUCGAAGUCGACAUGGAUUUCGUUCGAAGAGCUGUCAAAGCUAUUGGCCAAGCAGCCAUCAAAAUUGAGAGCGCAAGCGAAAAGUGUGUCAAUACACUACUCGAUUUGAUUGCUACGAAGGUCAACUACGUGGUUCAAGAGGCCAUUGUGGUUAUCAAAGACAUCUUCAGGAAGUAUCCAGGAUACGAAGGUAUCAUUCCAACCUUGUGCAAGUACAUCGACGAAUUAGAUGAGCCGAAUGCACGAGGAGCUUUAAUUUGGAUUGUAGGCGAAUAUGCCGAGAAGAUCAGCAAUGCGGAUGAAAUCCUUGCGGGAUUUGUUGAAGGUUUCAUGGAAGAAUUUACCCAGACUCAACUUCAAAUCCUAACAGCUGUUGUCAAGUUGUUCUUGAAGAAGCCGGACAAUAAUCAAGGCCUCGUCCAAAAGGUCUUACAAGUAUCAACGGCCGAAAAUGACAACCCUGAUAUCCGAGAUAGAGCUUAUGUAUAUUGGCGUUUAUUGUCAGGUGAUCUUCAAAUAGCAAAGGACAUUAUUUUAUCCGACAAACCCCCCAUCACCACAACCAUGACAUCCCUCCCCCCAGCCCUCCUCGACCAACUCUUAACCGAACUCAGUACCCUCGCUUCCGUCUACCACAAACCCCCAGAGACAUUCGUCGGCCAAGGUCGCUACGGCGCCGACGCCAUACAACAUGCCGCCAUCCAAGAACAGCGCGAAAAUGCCGUCGAAAACCCCAUUGCAGCCGCAGCCGCAACCGGCACUCCUGCUCAGAACAACGCGGAGAAUCUCCUCGACAUUGAUUUCGAUGGUGCCGCUCCAGCAAGUGCAGAUGCGCCUCCGACUGCGGGCACGAGUGGAUUGGAAGGAUUGGCUGGGACGCCACAAAGAGUUAAUAGUCCAGCUGCAGGCUCAAAUGCGGGUGGUAGUAUGGCGGAUAUGAUGGGUUUGUUUGAUGCUCCAGCUCCGUCUCCAGUUGCAGGCGGAAUUGGGAUGGGAAAUGAUAUGAUGAAUGGUUUUGCGGGCUUGGAUUUGAGUGGUGCUAGUCAACCGCCAAGUGCACAGACGCAGUUACAGCAGGGUGGUAGUGGUAGUGGUGGUGGUGGUGGUGGAGGUGGGAAGAAAACGAACGAGGAUCUUUUGGGGAUGUUUUAG